GGGUUUGCCCAGCAGCAGCAGCAGCAGCCGCCGGAGAGGUCCCGGCGGGGACGGCUGGGCGGUGAGCCACCUCCGGGCCCCAGCCCUUCCCGAGCGCGGUGGGAGCCCUCGGCUGCGGGAGGAGAGCGGUGCUGCGGGGGGGGGAGAAGGGGCGAGGCUGGCUGCUGCAGGGCUGCACCUGCGGGCGUCACGGCGAGUCUGCCCGUGCCCGCGCGUGUGUGUGUGUGUGUGUGUGUGUGAGCGUGGAUCUGUGCGUGCUCGGUGUGGCGUGUGCGCUCCCGUGCCUGAGCCAGCAGCGGAGCCCCACGGGAGCGGGACUUCACCUCCGAGCUCCAUCGAGCUGCAGAGUUGACAUCAGCUGCCUCGGCGGGGAUGCUGCUGCUGGCAGUUUGAAAUAAAUAUACACAGCUAUUUUGUGGCUCCAAACUACAAUUAUGCCAGAAAGUUGAGUCUGCAGCUGCUUGGGAAUACAGUCCGAAGGCUUGCAGCCUGUCUGAGCAUCAGCCAGGACACAGGGGCAUUCAGUAACCAGGAAAAUGACUGGCGUUCUUGAUGAAGAAACAAAGAAACCUUUAUUUCUUGCAUAGUUGGAAGGCAAAGCAAUACAAUAUUGACACCUGGUUAACGUAAAGAAGCAUUUUUCAAAAUACCUCUUGACUGUCUGGAUCUUGUAACUCCGACACAAACGUGCCUUUGGACUUGUGCAAGUAAAUCAUUGGAAGAAUUGAUUGGGCAAAGCAGCGAUUGAAAAGAGUGGCUGUUGAAGAAUCAUGGCGAAGCACUUGGAGAUCAUCAAUUUGUCAUUUUUGUUGGAACAUGAAAGGGAAACAAUAUUGGGAGUACUGAAGAGGGAUGAGUAUCUGAAAAAAGUUGAAGAUAAGAGGAUAAGGAAAUUGAAAAACGAGCUCCUGGAAGUGAGAAGGAAAGGCGGAAACCAUCAUUGCCAACAGGACAAUAGCAGGGUCUGUGUUCGCUGUCAGAAAAGCCUGGGCUUAAUCUUUGACAGAGGAGACCUGUGCCAAACCUGCAAACUUCGAGUUUGCAACAAGUGCCGUGUCGUGGGAACUGAUGGGCAGUGGAAGUGCUCGGUGUGCGACAAGAUCGCACAGCUACGGAUAGUGACAGGAGAAUGGUUUUUUGAAGAGAGAGCAAAGCGCUUCAAACAAUCAAAUCUUCUUGGAACCGAUGUUGUCAGACAGUCUAUCCUACGCAAAUUCCCAGAUACGGUUUCCAAUAAAGAUGAAGGAAGAACUUUUAAAGAUGAACCCCAAGAGAACGAAGAAAAAAGGACAGAUGUAUCAGUUUCCUCCACAACUGGGCAUAAAUCAGUCUUCAGUGGACCUAGAAAGAUAGGGAAGGUAAUUAGGGCAGCUACCAAAGGAGAAAUUACAAAUACAAAAGAUGAAGGUGAAAGGAACACAGGCUCAGAAGCUGAAACCAAAAGUCUUCGCAGUGGCAAGUCAACACCUUGCUCUGAGAGAGGGAGCACUCUCUCACUGAACGGCGACGAUGCAGAGGCCACUGCGGGCCAUCUGAAAGGGGCCGUGGGUCCUGCGAGCAGAGGCAACGUUUCCGUACCUUCCCUCCCAAGGCCUCCGGCACUCAGCACGCGCAGCAUGACCGCAGAUCAUAGCAGGGACACUGGCUUAGAAAAUGGCAUGAUUAUUCCAGCAAGUGAAAGUGUACCCGAAGAUUUAGUGAAGAAGCACUGUAGGAAAGCAUCUGGAACACCUUCCAUUGCAGUUUCUAGGGUAUCUUUGUCAUCAGAUCGUAGCCGAUCUGAGAUAGAUUUGAGUGAAUCUUUCUCUGAAGGAAAUGAGGAGACUCUGAGCAUAAGAAGCAAAUCUGUACCUAGUGCCUUAGAUCAGGAACUGGAUUAUCUGGAUGAAACAGAAGAAGAUAUUCAUGACAUAGUGGCCUCUCGUUAUUCAAGGAAACAUGGACAUUUGACAAGUGGAUUAUCAACAAGCUCCCCAGAAGGCUCUGACAGAAAAUGGAUGUAUUUAAAUGUGCCUGAAACAGACGGUGAUACUACUAGCAUUAACAGCAUGCUGAGUGUAUAUAGUGAAACUGGUGACUAUGGCAACGUGAAGGUCAGUGGUGAAAUCCUUCUCAACAUCAACUACAGCUACAAAACGGGUGCCCUCAACAUCCUGGUGAAAAGUUGCAGAAAUCUGGCCGUUGCAGAUGAGAAGAAGCAAAGGACCCAUCCCUAUGUCAAAGCAUACCUUCUACCUGAUAAAUCCCGCCAAAGUAAACGCAAGACCAAAAUUAAAAGUAACAGCACCAAUCCAGAAUUUAAUGAAACGCUGAAGUAUGUCAUCAGUCACACACAGCUAGAAACCAGGACCCUGCAGCUUUCUGUCUGGCACUAUGACAGAUUCGGACGCAACAGCUUUCUUGGGGAGGUGGAAAUUCCACUCGAUUCCUGGAACUUUGAAAAUCAGGGCGACGAGUGGUUUGUGCUCCAGCCCAAGGUGGAGAUUGCGACAGAUGUUGGGCUUCAAUAUAAAGGAGAACUGACAGUUGUUUUACGUUACAUUCCCCCAGACAGAAACCUAAUGCUUCCUCUAGGGCAGUUUCAAGGAAAGAAGAGCUUUAAAAAAGGAAAAAAGAGAGACUCUCACAUGCCAUCUGGAGGUAUAUUAGAAGUCCUCAUCAAAGAAGCAAAGAAUUUAACAGCGGUGAAAUCAGGAGGCACAUCUGACACUUUUGUGAAAGGAUACCUGCUCCCAGAUGACAGCAAAGCUACAAAACACAAAACUCCCAUAAUAAAGAAGAGUGUGAACCCCCAGUGGAAUCAUACCUUUGCUUUCAGUGGCUUGAGUUCCAGGGAUAUACGUAAUGUCUGCCUAGAAUUGACUGUGUGGGACAAGGAGUCGCUCUCCAGUAAUAUUUUUUUGGGAGGUGUCCGUUUGAACACUGGAAAUGGUGUAAGUAAUGGCAAGGAGGUUGACUGGAUGGACUCUCAAGGGGAAGAGCAGCACCUCUGGCAGAAGAUGAUUGACAGUCCGGGAGCUCCUGUGGAGGGGAUAUUAAUGCUGAGAUCCAGCAUGGGAAAACGCAGACUCUGAAAGACUUUAACUGCUGAGGGGUACCACAGGUACUCCUGGCCUCAGUGGUGUUCAGGCUCUUGUCACUUUGCCCAUUUGAAAGUGGAGAAGGGUUGUCCUCUUUGUCUUGGAUGUUAAGGCUCCGAGUGAGAUUUUAAUGCAUUCUGCACUUUCACACACACGUUUUUAACCCAGGCUUCUUGUAUGGAUUAUGUUUCUCCUGAAGCCAGUGAGAAUUUGACCUUGUACAGAGAUCGUACUGGCUUUCUCUGUCCCUUCUGGUGACUGGUGCGCAGCUGACGGACACCUCUGCCUGUGGGGGGGCAUGGAGUGAGCAAAUUCUCUAGUUAGUCAUUUAGCAAGUAAUGCCUGGUUUACACAUCUCCUUCUGGGUCAAAGAUGGCCUAGAAGACAGCAGUGAUUACAGUACAAGCAGAUUCAGAGUGAGUCUGUGCUUUGGUAUUUGAAAGAUAAGAAGCCAUAAUGUUAUGAAGGAUCACAAACAACAUUUCUUUGUCAUGUGGGCUUGUUGGGCUGUGCAGUGUGCAGGACGGCAGGCUUGGGACCAAGCAGCCCACCAAGGAAGGCCAAUGCACUGUGUUGCACACUAGAAAUAGGCAGCAGGUGAGCUGGUGUACAGUGCUGGCCUUCUGGCUUUCUCUGGGUUAUUUUAAUGCACUGUAUAAAAAGCAGACUUGGUUCAACAUAAGCAAAGAGCCUCUAAUGAAAAUAAAUCAUGACAAAUGCCCAGUUUCCAGAACUACCUGAUAUUACUGUGUUUUUCAUUCAGUUGACAGCUCUAGACAAGAUCUUCUGAUGUCAUUGAACAGAGGGAAUAUGUUGAAUACGUUCAUAUGCCUGUCCCCAUCUGAUAACGUUGCUGAGAUGAGACGCAUACUGGGUUUGGACGUAGUUAGCUAAGACCCGGAUUCAACAGAUCGUGUAGUAAAGUGAUGUGAUUAAAGCACAUGCCAGAAUGAUUUGCACUGCUGUGGAAUUUUCUCUGAAUGGGCUGGGAUCCCGUUCAGGCAUGCCCAUGCUCAUUUACUAUAGGAGGACUUUUUUCUCUUGAGGAUCCCCCUGUGAGUUAACAGUGGAUUUAACGAUAAGAGUGGGUUUUGGCCAAUUCAGUCAUUAACCAUGACAAUUGUUCAACAGUAAUUUUGCCACUUGGUUUCCUAAAGUGAUGUUACACCUCCUUAGACCCCUCAUCCUUUGGGGACUUAGGCAGGCCAUAUGUGAAGAGCAUGCCGUUCCGAGUAAUUGUUGUGGGCUACUCCUACCAUAAUGAGAUAGGAUUACAGUCAAGGACAACACAUGUCUGCUUGCAAGAUUGGAUAAUAAUGUAAUUGUAUGGCAUGUGAUUGCUCAGGGUAUAAGACAAAGGAAGAUCAAGAAACUGAGUGAACAACAUUUCUUCUGAAUUUUCCAGAAUUAGAACACAGCUUCCUAUUUGAACUGGUAAAUUUGCCUAUAGCUAUUCUUACCUUUUUUAUUUUUUUCCCCAAAUGUUUUGUUUCUGGAAGCAAUGUAGCAUUAGUACUAAGGAAACAAACUGGAAUAUAUGGGAACAUAAUCCUUACAUAAAUUACUGGAAAAACCCAAACUUUCAACGAAUGUAUCGUUCUCUGUAGAUCAAAACAGCAGUAUUCAAAGAUUUGUGUGAAGAAUAAAGACCAUAAAAUCUAACUUGAGAGAUACAAAUAUUGUUCUUCAUAAUCCAGAAAUUGCAAGAAAUCUAGAUUGAACAACAGAAUAUGAACUGAUAGCUAAGUAACUACAGCUGGAAAUCUUGACAUCUGUAGCUGUCCCGUUGUCCUACUGUAUUUAGAGCUGAAUCCAAACCCUUAAAAUUUAAUGUCCAUUCCUUUUUUUUCUUUUAAAAAAUAUUUUAUACUGGUUUUGAUCUGAGUGGCUUGAAACCGUGGGGAAGUUUACAAGCAGUCUUUUAAUAUCCUAAUAUUAGAUUAAAAAUUAUCUAUUUUUGUUAAAAAUAGUAUCUUAGUUUUAAUAAAACAAUUUGUUUCAUUAUGAAUAUUUUCUAUUAAAAUUCUGAUAUGACUUCAAAAAGUCAUUGGAGGUACAGCUUGCCCAGUUUGAGACCCACAAUUUUCAGAAAUUACCGAGUCAUCUUUGAAAAUAAAAUUCCCUUAGAGAAUCUCAGUCUGGGAACAAAAAGUCAGUAGUUGCUCAAGAAAAUUAACUUCCUUUUCCUUCUUUAUCUAGUCUUCAUUUUCUUCUGAAGUCCUGCUCAAGUUGGGCAAUGAAGCAAGUCUAGUCUAGUUUUAGCUGACUUUCCAUUUUAUGCUGCAGAUGCUGUGAGCUGAUAAACUAGAGCACAAGUAUCAAGCAUGUACUUUUUAUGACCUUUUUCUUGUCAUGAUAGUCUUUAAGUAUUAGAUUUUUUUUUUUUAAUAUCAGCAUCCCCCAAAGUGAAACCAAACCUAACUUUUGGCACCUCUCUCUCUAACAGAAUUGGUCUGAUCUGUCUUGGCUGUUCGUACUGCAAACCUUCCUUUAUUUUGGGUAUAAUAAUAUUAUAUUGACAUGGAGCACAAGCUUGAUUUUUCACUUGCUGGAAGUUGGUUCAAAAAGAUAAAGCUUGUUAAAUCUAAAGAAAAUGAUUCUUCAGGGUAAAAUUCCAGCUAGACUUGUAGAAGAACACUGGGCAGUCAGAUGGUUUGGUUUGUUUCAUUUUGAUGGUGAAAACAGGAAAAAUGAUAGGAACACAAAAAAUCCUCCAAGCUGGACCUCAAAAUGGACACCUUUUUCUCUUGCCAAAUUGAAAACCUAAAAAUAAUUUUGAACUGAAUGAAACUUACUUUUAUAUGGAGUACAAGAGUUUGUCGAAUCUUGGAAUGGUACUUUCUAACCUUCUAAGCAUGAACAUUUUAUCUAAAUCAAGUCUUGCUUUGAAAGGAAGAUGUCUGUGCUUCAUUACUUCAUUUUGGUCCUAUGGUAGAGUUUGUGAUAAAUAGACUUACCUGGGAAGCGUCACCCAGCUCAUACGUGAGUUUUAGGUUCUGCAUUUUCCUUCCAAAGGGCCAAAUUUUCACUGUGAGCCUGCACCUGAAAUUAUAGACAGGGCUAUGAAUAGACUGUAAGUGUCAACUGCAGUUCAGCAUCGGAAAGGAACAAUUUCACCUGGGAAGUAAUUUCAGCCAAGGCGGUGGUGUUUGCCCUUGGUGGGAUUUGGAGUAGUACAGUGAAAUUACCUCCUGGGUUAGCAGUUGCAAUUCUGCACUAUGGUAGCGUAUAAUAGGUAUCGCACUCCACCUCAAAUGAGCCUCGGAGAGAUGAUGAGCAUCAUAUAAACACUAGAGCAAUUUGGAAAGCUUUGCUGUUCUAUGAUGUUAUCGGCACAUUUGUAGGAAGCGUUUGAUUUGUGGAAAAUGUCACAUUUAAUUAUAUCUAUCUCUUAUGUCUUUGUUCUCUUCCUUUACAAAAAUGAUUUAUGGUUUGGAAAAAGCACAAGAUGAUUAACUGCAGAUGUGAUUUCUUGUUU